CGGUCAUCCGCUAGCUGCCCGUCAGGAUCUAAAGUUGAGGUCAGGCCUGUUUGAAACGUGUUGGCUCGCCGCGAUACAUGUUUUCCUGGCGCUCGCUGAGCACGAUGUCGAGUCCCACUCCUUUGUUGAGGCUGCAGCAGCGAGCGGCCGAGGCCGAGCAGCUCAUCGAGUUCCUCAAACAGCAGGUCCAGCUGCUGAAGGACAAAGCCAUUGUUCAGGCCAGCGUCAGAGAGGAGAAGAAACUGCUGGUGGAAAAUGCAAAAUUAAAACACGAUAUUGAGGAUCUGAAGCAACAGCUGCUGGACAAAGAAACAAAGAGAGGAGUGCAGGAAGUUGCACUCCCAUCAGGUGACACCAGUGUUGAUUUGUGUGCAAAAACCACUCCUCCCAGACCUUCUGAUGCGCACCCCUCUGCUGCCCAGAGCAAACCCCCCCGAGAUGAGCCCAAGAAGAAAAAGCAGGAGAAGAAAGGUGAGAAAGCGGAGAAGAAGCAGGCAACGCCCAGCCAAGACGAAGCCAAGGUGGACGUGUCUCGUCUGGACCUGCGUGUCGGUCGUAUCAUCUCAGCCGAGAAGCAUCCGGACGCUGACAGUCUCUACGUGGAGCAGGUGGAUGUGGGGGAGGCUGCUCCCAGGACGGUGGUCAGCGGGCUGGUCAAGCACAUACCCCUGGAGCAGAUGCAGAGUCGCAUGGCUGUGCUGCUGUGCAACCUGAAGGCAGCCAAGAUGAGAGGCGUGCUGUCUCAGGCCAUGGUCAUGUGUGCCAGCUCGCCAGACAAGGUGGAAAUCCUUGACCCUCCAAGUGGAGCAGUUCCAGGAGACCGAGUGACCGUCCAAGACUUUCCAGGUGAACCAGACAAGGAGCUGAACCCCAAGAAGAAGGUGUGGGAGCAGGUUCAGCCCGACCUGCGCACGGAUCGCCACUGUGUCGCAACGUACAAGGGGGCCGCCUUCCAAGUGGUCGGCAAGGGGGUGUGCAAGGCCCAAACCAUGAGCAACAGUGGCAUCAAGUGAAGGAGCGGAGCUGCCCCGUGCUGACUCAGCAGUCCGGAGCUGACUCAGCAGUCCGGGGCUGACUCAGCAGUCCGGAGCUGAGCAACAACAUGAUGAAUGAUAAGAAAACACUUUCAACAUGUUCAAUAAAGGAUUUGAUUUGUUUCA